AUGGUGGGACAAGAGAAUCGGGUGCAGUGGGAGAUUCACCAGGACUGGGCGAACCUGUUCUGGCGGGAGUACACUGAGAUCAUCACCAGCAGCAUCAAGAAAAUCUCGGACUUUCUCAACUCUUUUGAUCUGUCUUGUCAGUCAAAACUCGCAACACUAAAUGAGAAACUGAUAGCCCUUGAACAGAGAAUAGAGCACAUUGACACAAGGGUGACAAAGAGUGAGACUCACCUAGAAGUGCGUCACUCUGCUGCUGGGAAGUGGCUGGACAGACAGAAUAUUGGCCCUGUGGGAAAGGUCCAGCAGCCUUCUCCUCCUCUCCUUACAGAGGAACAGGGCAUUUUCUUAUUUUCCUUUUUUCAAAGGUGGUCUUUGGGCUCUGCUGUGUGCCCUGGGGUGUGA